AUGGCGCAACCAUCUAGCAAUCCCACUUGUUCUGGGACAGCAAACAUCAUCUUGCGUUCAAGUGAAGAUGAUCCGGAGCACAUGUUGCCCCACCAGCGAAAAGAAGCUAUGAAAAAGACCAAGGCGCGAUCGAUGCUGGAGAUUGACGGCAGAACAGGCGAGGGAGGUGGACAGCUGGUCCGCAUAGCAUGCGCGAUCGCUUCCGUUAUCACUCAGCCUAUUCGCAUCACUAACGUGAGGGGAAACCGCGAACGCGGGGCUUCCAUCGAAUGGCUUGCUCGCGUAACCGAUGCGGAAGUUAAUGGCCUUUCCGUCGGUAGCACUACACUAGAGUUCAAGCCGCGGGAAAGCCCCGCAACUUCCAAGCUCUUUACCGGUAUUCAUGACCGCACCGUCAAGAUCGCUGCCGAUUCCGCCGCGGCAAGCACGUUGCUCAUCUUCCAGGCAAUUUUCCCCUUCCUCCUCUUUGCUGGCGGAAAUACGAGCAAGAAGCAAGAUCAGCCAGAGCAUAUCGACGUGGAGAUUUCCGGCGGCACCAACGUCUCUUUUUCUCUUUCUUACGAAUACCUGGACCAAGUCCUCCUACCUUCCCUCGAGCAAGCAUUUGGUAUCGUUGUGGAGCGCAAGCUCAAGACACGCGGCUGGAACCUCGGAAAGAUGCAACGCGGAACCGUGGCCCUCCGUGUUCACCCCAUUCGAGUCGGCGAUUCACUCCGGCUCAGAAACCCGACAGCCUGCACCAUGAAGGGCAGAAAUAGACAAGGCGAGGAUUUCGACCUUGAAGCCAUCGAUGUCUCCAUCGUCGCACCGACAGACAUGCACGAAUCUCUCUCCCAAGCGCUGGUCCAGAACCUAGGCGACCUUUUCCCGGCCGUGGAAGUCAUCUUCAAGCUACUGGAGGACAGCGGGGCCAACUCGCGAAUCUACGUGCUUCUAGUCGCGCGCUCGUGGCCAUCUGAUGAUGAAGGAGCCAGCGCCGGCGCCGUUUUGAGGUGGGGUAGGGACAUCCUUACUUCGAUGCCGAAAGCAGCCAACUCGAAGAAAGGCAAGAACAAGGGCGACAAUAGCUUGUCAUCGCACGCAGGAACCGGCGGGCUGGCAUCCAUGAGCAAGAGCGUGGCGACCAAGGUCGCGAGAACGUUGUACGACGAAGUUUCUACCGGUGGCGUGGUAGACGAGUUCCUCCAGGACCAGCUGGUCAUCUUCCAAGCACUAGCGGGCGGGCUUUCGGCCUUUCCUCGUGGCAACAGCGAUCCGGCCGACGAUAAGGUCUCGGGACCGGGCAUCGAGGAGGCCAUGGCGGCGCUGGACCUCACCGAUGAGAAUGCCACUCACGGGCUGCGGAAGGAUAAGACCACGGAGCCAUUUGGUGAGGGUACUCUGCAUGCACAAACCGCACGCUGGAUGGUCAGCCAGCUGUUGCCCAACGUCGAGUUUUACAACAAGGGCAAAGUCUGCGAGGGCGUCGGCUUCGCCGUCGAAAAGCCCUGA